UCGAAGCAUUGGCUGCUGUGAGCUCGACACGAGCCUUCAAAACAUUGAAAACAGACAUAUCGUGUUUUUGUGUUUCAUUGUGAGAAUGUACUCGGACAUCGAAGUCGUCAAGAAGAUGAACGGUAUAUUUGUGAGUGCUCUGGGUCUGUUGCACUCUCGGGAUAUCGAUAGUGCUGAAAAACUCAAAAGAAUGUUGAAUUCUUUGAUUGAAAAGGAAUCAUCGAGUGUUUCGGAUCGAGAACGACAGAGCAGAUUGAAGCAUUCAUUAACUGAUCGCAAAACCGAAACUUUCGUUGACAAUGUGGUUCAAUCCAUACCCAGGAAUGCUCGUCGCAUAGACGUAUACGAUCAUCGUUGCGGCAAAAUUCACUUGGUCAAUCCUCGACAACGGGAAACGACGGAUUACGAAUCGAUCACAGCAUGUGAUAUCGAGCUGGAGCACGAGGAUCAAUUCCCGGAUGAAAACAUCGAUGUACCGCGGAUUUCCAUUCCUGAAGAGAACUCUGACGACGUUAGGGUCGUUUGCAAAAUAUGCAAAGGUGAUAAACUCGGUCCUUUGAUACUUCUCGAGUGUCAGGAGUGCCAAGAAACUUAUCAUCCACUCUGUCAUCAACCGGCGGUCAUCGAAAUUGAUGUCUACGAUCCCCGUCUCGUAUGGCGAUGUGGAAAAUGUCUCGAAACUACUAACAGAGCGCAUGGACAUCUUUUGAACGAUACAUCAUCGUUUGUAAUGACUCUCGGAGGCGACGAUGACGACAAUGACGACGACGGCGAUGACGAUGGAAACGAGGGAGAAAAUGUGACCGAUGACGUUUUUCGAAAUACAAGAACGCGAAUGACGUUCGAUACAAUCGAUAACAAAGGAACAACGAGAAGUCGUAACUCUGUAAGGAGGAGGACGAGAUCAAAAAUUCAACAUUCCCGGAAAGUGACGACGAAAAAUACCUUGGUACAAUUGAGAAAACGCGUUGGAACGAAACUUACAGUUAAUCGGUCAUCGCCAUCUUGAUUUGCUACUAUUUUUUAUUGGUUCAGUCCAUUGUACAUUUCUAUGUGGUAGUACAUUAAAGUAAAACGUCUUUUUUCUCCUCUUUCUUUAUGAAAUUGUUUUUAAUCGACCAAUCAUCAUAUAAAAUACAAGCCGUAUGUAGUCACGUGACAUUUUAAUUUUUUUUUCGCAAAUUCAUGAAU